GGGCAACGGGGGAGUAACAUCCCAGCUCAGGACAUACCAAGACGCUCUCAUCCCUUAGAUCAUGCUUACUGCUGGACAAGUGUUAAAAUGAAUCAGCUGAGUAUAUAAAGUGUGUGAGUGGAGCACUACCAAUGCCAAUUCAGCCUUUUCCUCAAAGAAUAAAAGAUACAGCUGCCCUAUUGUUUAGCGUCCAGGUCAUCAGACUUGUUUGUCAGGGUGGAGCUAUAAACUUUGCAGUUUCAACAUCGCUUUCCCUCAUUCUAGAGCUUAUUUUCUAGGAUAUGGGUGAGCCAGAUAAAAUAUUAUCUCGUCCCAUUUUCCGCAGAGAUGUCAGCUGGGAUCCUUUCCCAAACUGGACGGAGCCUCGCCGAAUCUUCGCGCAGGAUUUUGGCCUCCCUCCCUUUCUGGAACCUGGUGAUCUGGACUGGAUAGACUGGGCGAAGAAGAGACUGGCAUCUUUCUCCUGGCCUGGGUACACACAGACUCCCCUCCUGCCUCCACUCAGCAGUCAGCACCCUGCGGCGUUGAACCAAAAGGAUCUGAGACAACUAACAAGUGGAGUGUCAGAGAUCCGAACGGGGCAGGACAGCUGGAAGAUUAACCUGGAUGUCAAUCACUUCUCGCCAGAGGAGAUUACAAUCACAACCAAGGAGGGCUACCUGCAAAUAUCAGGAAAUCAUGAGGAGAGGCAAGAUGUGCAUGGAUUGGUUUCAAGAUGCUUCACACGGAAAUAUAAGUUACCGCACGGGGUGGACUUGCAGCACAUCAGUUCAUCAUUGUCUGGUGAUGGAGUCCUGUCCGUAGAGGCUCCCGUUCCUGGGACAACCAUCAGCGACCCGGCCAAUGAGCUCGUCAUACCUGUUCAGAUCAGACAGAAGCAGGAUGUUGAAAAGUGAAACCAGAAAGCAGAACCAGUAGCAGCUGUAGCAACCUUAUAGCACUGACAAAAAAAAGAAGAAAAAACUGUUUGCUACAGCUUACUAAAUGUGAUUUACGAUAACAGAAAGAUAACUUUCCUGUCAUGAGAUACUGUCUGCUACUGUAAUGCAUUAUCAUCACUACAGUACCAUAUAACAGUAACUUUCAUUUUUAAAAUCAAAUGCAAACUCAUCAAAGUAAAAGAGAACUGACUUUGGAAAUGAGAAAUAAUUUUUGCAUGGUGUGGCAUUUCAAAAAGAACAUAGUUAGUAGUUUUUAAUACACUUGUCAUCAUUUCCUCUGUAUAACAGGGCAGUAUAGCCAAGUAGAGAAUUAAUUGGGAUGAGUAUAAUUUUGCUUUUGAGGAGGAGAAACACUGGGAAAGCUGCAGUAUGGAUUCAUUUUGUGUGUUUGUACUGAAAGUUGUACUCUGAUAUCUUAAAUAACCUCCAAUAGCCUCAUGAAGCUGUGCUUGUGCCAUAUAAUCAAUAAAUAUAUUAAACAAC